CUUUAAUGCCAGUUUUAUAAUCCGAAAAUGUCGUUCUGGGCGGGGUAUCGUUCGAUUGCUCUUUGUCUUUGGCGUCGUUGGAAGAGGAGGUUGUAACAAAGCUUGUACUUUGAGCCAGACAGCACUUCUACGUCGAAAAAUCUAAAAACAAAAUCACUCUGGGGAAGCCUGAAUUUCAAUUUUUUGAAUUGCUUCAUUUUAUCUUCACUAGUGAGUAUUCUUGUUCCUGAAAAAAAAGUUCCUUCGUUCUAGUUGACGAUAGGACGUCGAACCAAGGAAAAGCAAAAGGUUUUUUUUUUGAAACGAACUGGAAAUUUCAGUUUCACACAGCGUUAUUAACCAACGAACUACGGAGGUAGUUCACGUACAACUAUGUGUGUCACUAAAACCACCUGACAGACGAAUUUUAACAACUUCAUCGUCAAAGAUUAAAUGGCAGCGUUUUUCGCACCGGUUGAGCAUGUUGAUCCUGCUCCAGCAGCCCACUGGAAAUACCGCACCUACACGGAACUGUGCAUCCGCUCACUGGAGACCAACGGCCUCCGGAUCCACGGGCUAACAGAUGCUUUGAUGCAAGAAAUCGCAGCUGCCUUGGAGCAACAACAGGAAGUUUUCUACGCUUCUGUGUUGCAAGAUCAAGAUGUUGAACAAGGUCAGCAUGAACAACAACAUGAAAACCAGUUGUACCCCAGGGUUCUCUCGAUCGCCGUUUCGAUGCGGCAAUUGCCAACCGUCCACCCGGAUAUCAAACGACGGUUUGGUAUGGGAGUGUCAGGAUUGAAAUCGACAAAAUCGAAAAAUUUGCAAUGCAUAAAAUGUAGGGCAAGUGAGGCCUGUGCUCGGGAGCAGGCAAUUGAGACCGAUUGUUAGCCUGUUUAGGAGAAGGCGAUGUGCUGCCAGAGUGGCACGACAGGAGCAGUCUUCUUUGCCCAACAGCAUGACAGACUGUAUUUCGGCUCUACCCAAAUUUGUCAUGCGCUUCUUGCAAACUGAGGCUCCAAGACCAAGUGGUAUCGAUUUUAUGCAUGGCAAACUAUAACUAUUCCAACUUUGACGAUUUCAAUCCUGACACUCCCAUAUUUGGCCGUUUCGUCUUGCACUUGGUGGACAAAAUUAUCGACCCGAUGGACUUCGUGCUAUGCAUUGCAUGCAAAUAUGUCUGGGUCUCCUGGAAGAAUGCAAGAUUUGUCAUGCAUAUUCUGCAUGGCCCAGAACCAGAACGUCUGGAAUGCGAGCUGUAGCCUGGCAAGUUUUGCGAAGGCUCCGCAAUGCGUGUUCUGCAUGAGAAGCUGAAGCGUUGUCUUCUCGUAACCGAAACUUGUACUUGGCACUUGUGUUGGUCGUGCAAUACAGAUUCUUGUAUCGAUCAGACCUAGCAUGACAAACUCAAACUCCUCCAGCGCCAGACGUAUUUCUAUUUGCAGUUCAUACGUGCGUGUGGAAAACGAUUUGGAGAUUCAGAACCUGAUCACGCGGAAGGGAAAAAUCGAAACGGUGAAGAACGGGAAAAAUAAAAUGGACAAGAUCGAAUCCGAAUUUCCAGAGGAUUUGAACCCGGUGUUAAAGCUGAAACGCCUGGAGUCGGUGUAUUUCGCACUCAUCGCGGCAACCAUGUUGCUGCCCAAGUUGCGAUAUGAACUGCAAAAGUAUCGCACUCGUACUAAUUGCAAUCAUGCAUUGCAAAUUUUUUUCUCAAGGUAAAUCCGCAUUACAAAUUCCAUUUUUCAUGCUGACGAAAUUUGUAUAAUGCAAUUCAUACUAGUACGAUGCUUUUGCAUUGCAUAUGCGAAACGACAAAAAGAAGGUGGAUUGCGAGAUGGAGCUGAACAACAAUCUUGUGAUCGGAAAUAUCAAAUGCAAAAGUGUCUGGGUCUGGAAGAAUGCAAGUUUGUCAUGCUUGUUUGGCAUGACUCGAGAAUCUGUGUUGCAUAGGCACGAAAGAGCCCUCUUAACUGUCAUGCGAAAAGGCAGUUUGCCAUGCGGAAUACAUAAGACAUGACAGCCACAAAAUUUGUCAUGCGUAGCUGCGUAUUGCGGCGCGUCUAUCAUUCACUUUUAGCAUUACAAGUUUCCAGACCCAAACAUUUUUGCAUUUGAUAGGAAAAACGAGUGAUAACAAUCAUGCCGCGGGGGCACAACUAACAGCAAACGGCGCAUCAUCGCGCUCUCCAAGUACUAGAUCGGCGUCCGCAUCACCGAGCAAGAAUACUAGAACUGCACUGUCUAUGCAUCGCAAAACUAUCGGACUAAUAUGAUAAUUGCAUUACAAGAAAUUGACUUCGCAUUACAAAUUGAAUCUGUCAUGCGGAUUUGCCUCAAGAACAAGAUUUGUAAUGCAUAAACGCAAUUUGAUAGUACGAGUGCGAUUCUUUUGCACUGCAUACUGUCACCCUCUCCGACCAAAACCCCACGGGAGCUGCUGACCAUAUGCAAGAAAAAAACUGUGUAAGUGUAAUUAUGUGUUGCAGAACAUGCAAAAGGGUUACACCUGUCAUGCCAGAUAGCCAUGAAGUCCUCUUUUCACGUGUGUUUUCCCUUACAAGUCACGCAUGACAGGUUUUCUCUGUCAUGUAGAGCAAAUUUGUGAUGCUGUUUCUCAGAGAAAGUUACACUUACACACUUUUUUUCCUGGAUAGACCAUGGACCAGGAGGACUGCUUACCCGGGCAAGCCAGUCCGUUCCGAAAGCCGCAGAAGAAGAAAGCCUCGCUGUUGUAUUCUGCUGGGGGGACGGGCCGCGGGACGGGGCCGAGGGCAGCUGCAGCUGGGAACAAUAAUUCCAACAAUGUCAAUCUCAAUCACGCAGAACUACAAGUGAAGGACAUCCGGGCCGGGAAGCCAGUGCUAUGCAUUGCAGAAGUAUCGUACUCGUAUAAAUGCAUUACAAAUUUCCUUAGCAUGAGAAAUAAUGUUUGUCAUGCGGAUUUACCUUACGAACAAAAUUUGUAAUGCAUGGCUGCAAUUACUACGAGUAUGAUACUUUUGCACAGGAUAAGUGCCUUUGUUUUACCACGAUCCGGAAGCGGACCAGUACCGGCUCGAUUACAACAGAACAGCAGGUUCUUCAACCUCUCCUGUUGACCGCACUGCUGCUCGUGCUGGGAUUCAACGUCGUAGCUCAGGUCGUGGUUAUUUUCAACGAAACCAUCAAAACAAUCACAACCCGAGCAUCCAGCAGUUUUACGAGGACGACAGCUGUAACAACCCGCCGGUUCAUGAUUUUUACACCACAGAAGUAGAUGCAAGAACUGCCGCACGUCGGCCAUGCGGAAACGGAGGCAGGACCGGCGGCGGAACUACAUCAAGGAAGAGUUGGAAGAUGAACAUGCCAGGAAGAUCAAGAACGAUGGGACGGAGCUGCUCGACGACUUCGGCAAAGAGCUUCACCUUCCCUAGCAGUACGACGCGGGCAGUGGACAAUAGAAAUGGCAGGAAGAUGUUCUUGCACAGUUACGCCACGAAUAUCAGCACUUGCAGGGGCCAGUACAAAAAACCUCACAAUCGUAGUAUCUACGACGCGGACGCGGAGGACGACGAACUGUUGGUCACGUUUGGACAGUAGUCUAGCUUUUGAAGAAGAUUUAUCCUGUGCAAAAGUAUCGUACUCGUAUAAAUGCAAGUCUUGCAUUACAAAUCUUGUUCCUACGGAAAAUCUGCAUUACAAAUUUUAUUUCUCCUGCUGAGGAAAUUUGUAAUGCAUUGAUACGAGUGCGAUACUUUUGCACUGCAUAAGAUUGGUGGAGAAGUAGAACAUGAACAGGUCUUCCUCAUGAUCAAGAAUAGAUUUCGCAGGACCGAAUCGGAAUCGCAAGAUGUUGCCAGAAAGAUCAUGAGGAGCAGGGCAAGCCGCGCUGCUGGGUUUAUUUACCACUAGCCGUAGAAG